UUUACUUCUUUUUCUACUCAAUCUAAACACUAUUAAAAUAUAUUUGAAGUCUAAUGGCCCAUGUAACAAUGGCUGGCCUAAAUACAAUGAACAGAAUAUUAAAACUUUACAAAUUUGCUUAUGCUUCUCUUGCAUCACAGGAUGAUUUUACAAUAACUAGUGCUGGAUUGCUUUCAAUGGAGACAACAAUAAUUCUCGGAAAUGAAUCUAUUUAUUCUAAUGUAAAACCAGAAGGUCAACUUCAUUGUUGGGUUAGGUCAUUUAUUGCUAAUUUAUUGGCAAAUACAUCAAAGGAUUGGAUGACUAUUUUUGGAUUUCACAAUUCUGGAACAUACAACAAUCAAUGGAUGGCAAGUUUAUUUUUGUAA